CAAAUUGUACAUAACAAUACAGAAACAACACAACCUCUCUCUCUCUCUCUCUCUCUUCCUGUAAUAUUUUGUUUGUGUGUGUGUUCUUUCUUAGAGAGAGAGAGAGAUUGAAACAAAUAUGAGUAAUAGUAAUAGGCGAGUUGAAUGUGGUUUUUGUAAUUGUGUUAACCGUAGUAGUAUGUUAUUUUUUGUUGUUGUUACGGUGGUGAUGAUGGGGGGUGUGAAAGCAAAAGGAGGGGGUUCAUCGAGGAAUGAAGAAUGUGAGUUGUUUACAGGAACAUGGGUUGAGGAUGAAUCGUAUCCGUUGUAUGAAACAGCCACGUGUCCGUUCAUAGAGCGCGAGUUCAGGUGUGAAACAAAUGGACGACCUGAUCUGAUUUAUACCCAUUACAGAUGGCAACCACUUGCCUGCAAUUUACUCAGAUUCGACGGACAAGAUUUUUUGGAGAGAAUGAGGGGAAAGAGCAUUAUGUUUGUGGGAGAUUCAUUGAGUAGAAAUCAAUGGCAGUCUUUGACUUGCUUGCUUCAUUCUGCAGUGCCCAAUUCCAAUUAUACUUUGGCUAGAGUUGGAGAUGUUUCUAUAUUUACAUUUACGGAGUAUGAAGUGAAAGUAAUGCUAGAUAGGAACGUGUAUCUAGUAGAUGUUGUGAAAGAGGAUAUAGGGAGAGUAUUGAAGCUUGAUUCCAUAGAAGGAAGCAAGCUAUGGAAUGGGAUUGAUAUGCUAAUCUUUAACACAUGGCAUUGGUGGUCCCGUAGAGGACCCACUCAACCAUGGGAUUAUAUCCAAGUUGGGAGUCAAGUAAUGAAAGACAUGGAUAGAAUGAAGGCUUUUGAAAAAGCACUCAAAACAUGGGCAGCAUGGGUAGAUGCUAACAUCGACCCUGCAAAAGUACAAGUCUUCUUUCAAGGGAUUUCCCCAUCUCAUUACAAUGGCAGCCUAUGGAAUGAACCAAGUGCAAAGAGUUGUAUCCGAGAGAAGACACCGGUGGCCGGAUCGACCUAUCCCGGCGGAUUGCCACCGGCUGUGGACGUGUUAAAGAGUGUGCUAAGCACAAUUAAGAAACCAGUCACACUUUUAGACAUUACAACUCUCUCACUUCUAAGAAAAGAUGGUCAUCCUUCAAUUUAUGGACUUUUUGGUGCAAAAGGAAUGGAUUGCAGUCAUUGGUGUCUUUCUGGUGUUCCUGAUACUUGGAAUGAGAUACUUUACAACAUUAUUAUUUAAUAUAAGAAUUAUUUUUUAUUAAUUGAAUUGGGGGGUUUAGUGGAUUUUUAUAGAUAAAAAAAUUUAUAUAGAGAAUUAGGGGUGGCUGGAUAUGAUUUUGAUAACUGACUACCUUCUUGUAAUUCCUUCUAUUCUUAAAGUGAAUAAUAAUGAGAAAAUAAAUGAGGUUAUUGAAUUGCACUA